AUGAAAGCCGCAAUGAAGAUCCAAAAAAACAUCUCUAGAGAUGUUAAGCAAGGAGUCGGCGAACUCGAUGAAAUUCUCGACCAAGUGGAAACAUACCGACGAAACUGGCUAAGCCAGGAGGCUGAAGGUAAACGCAUAAGUGACAUUAAGAAAAACAAUGUGGAUGAAUCGACUACGCCGAAAACCUCUGCCGCUCCGCAGUCAAAACGGCCCCUCCCAAGCCCAGUGGACGUCGACACACCAAACACAAAAAAACCAUGCGCCACAAGCACAGGCGCAAACUGGCAGGUUGUGCAGUCAAAGACUGAUAAAGCACACAAGCAAAAAUCCAGCGCUCCCAAACAAACAACAGGCGGCGAACAAAAUAAACCCUCAGGAGUCAAGCCAAACUCAGAGAACGGCAGCACUCAAAAAAGACGGCCAAAAAAUGAAGCCCUUCUUGUGAAACCAAACGAAGGACACACCUAUGCAGACAUACUCAAAAGCCUUAAGGAAACUGUGGACCCAAACGACGCUGACAUUAAAAUUCAUGCAGUUCGAAAAACAAUGUCUGGAGCGCUACUACUAGAAAUGAAAAAAGGCACUCAAGUGAGCACCGAUUUCAUUAACAAAAUCAAAGGUGCCCUACAAAAAACAGCGGAAGUAAAGGAACUCAAACCGACGAUCACGCUGAAAAUCCGGGAUCUAGACGCACUCACUACAGUCAACGAAGUCGAGGAAGCCAUACAGAAUAUCCUUCCGGACAUAGGGGACCGACUAAAAGUAGUGGUGACAAAACCAAAUAGUCGGGAACAAGUGAGAGCAUAUGUCACACUCCAAACUGAAGCUGCAGAGACGCUUCUCAAAGCAGAAAGAAUAACUGUUGGCUGGAUACGCGCCAGAAUGCGCAUGCAAACAAUCCCCACGCGCUGCUUUAGAUGUUUCGAGUCGGGUCACACCCAAAGAGAGUGCAAAGGCCCAGACAGAAGAAACCUUUGCAUCCGGUGCGGCGAAAUUGGACACAAGCACAAGGAAUGCAAAAAUCCUCCAAAAUGCUGCGUGUGCGUAACUGCCGGACUGAAACCAGUUGACAACAUCCCUGCCUCCAGCAAAUGUGCAUCGCUCGUGCUAGAGAAGGCGGUUGAUGUUGUCAUCAUCAGUGAGCAGUACAAGAUUCCCAACAAUGGUACAUUCCUAACUGACAACACCGGGACGGCAGCCAUCUGGCUGCCAAACAUAAACAACUUCACCGUCACAAGAAGUGGUGCCGGACAAGGCUUCGUAUGGGCACAAACUAAAAUCUGUACCAUCAUGAGCUGCUACCUUACGCCUAGUGUCAGUAUAAAUGAAUUUAAGACGAAGCUAGACGCAAUAGAAGACCAAGCACGGCAGCUUGGCGGAGACUUGAUCAUCGCGGGUGAUUUCAACUCUAGAGCCAUCGAGUGGGGCAUGCCGACAACAAACCCCCGGGGCAGACGGGUACUUGACAUGGCUGCUAGGCUCGGACUAGUGGUCGCAAAUGAAGGGUCCACACCCACUUCUUGCAGACCAGGAUGCGAGGGUACAAUCCCAGACAUCACUCUGGCGACAGAAAGAGCAGCGAGCAAACUACAGGAGUGGGGUGUCUUGGAGGACUACACGGGCAGUGACCACCAGUAUAUCUGCUUCUCCAUAAACUCAAACCAUAGACGUCGGCCCGAUCAUGAUAAGAAAACCACCCGAAGGUGGAACGCGAAAAAACUGGACAUCGAGAAACUCAUCGAAGUACUCGACGCAAGUAUGGAAACAGCCGUAGACCCUAGGGACGCAAGAAGCGUAGUACGCCACACCAUGCGCGCCAUAGAGCAUUCUUGCACCGCAGCGAUGCCCAAAACGACAAACUUCCUUAAAAGGAAAGCUGCCUACUGGUGGAACGAGCAGAUCGCGGAGCUCCGAAAAGCCUGCCUACGCGCGAGAAGGAAAAUGACUAGAGCCAGAUCUCGAAGCAGCGGUACGGCGGAAAUCGAGGAGCACAAACAAGCUAGAAAGCGCCUUAAACUUGCCAUUGUCCACAGCAAAAAGAGCAAAUUGGAAGAGCUACGAAACGACAUAAAUACCAACCCAUGGGGUCUUGGCUACAAAAUCGUAACGCGCAAGUUAGGAGCGCAAAGGCCGACUCCGGAGCUCAACGAAAACGUCAUGGCCAAUAUAGUAAACACGCUCUUCCCACAGCACGAACGACGCACCGACCCAGAGACGCCCGCCCUCGAAGAGCCUCCUUUCUUUACAGAGAAUGAACUCAGAUCGGCAGCAAAAUCUUUGAAAAACAACAAGGCACCCGGACCCGAUGGGAUUCCAUCCGAAGCACUAAAAGCCAUAACAGACGCACGCCCGAAAAUCCUGCUAAACAUGUAUAAUGCUUGCUUGAUGGAAGGAAUUUUUCCAGAGGUGUGGAAGCGACAGCACCUAAUGCUAAUAGACAAAGGGAAAGGAGACCCAGCUACCCCAACCAUAGAAAGGGCAGGUUGCCUAUCAAACCGACAGCAUGGCUUUCGACCAGGUAAAUCGACAGCUGGAGCGCUGCAGUGCGUCAUAGAAGCGGUAAGCGAUGCACAGAGAGGAAACGCCUACUCUAGAAAAAUAGUGCUCCUGGCCGCUCUUGACGUUAGAAUCGCCUUCAACAGUCUGCGAUGGACUAACGUCAUCAACGCUUCGGAACACCAGCCUACCUGA